AUGAGAAAUCCAUUUCGUAUAAGACUCCAAAUUUUAGGAAUCAUGGUUAAUGAUGAAAAGGAAUAUUUUCAAAAUCCAGGAAGCUUUGAAAAAAAUUAAACAGUGUUUCCUUUGAAUAAUAAUGGACAAAGUUUAGGAAUAUAUUUGAAUCGAUUAGAAUAUUAUAUUAGAAACAAUUAUAUGAAAGAAGGAAAAGAUAUAAAAGGAAAAUUAACUUUUAGUAAUUGAAUAUUUAAUAAUUUAGCAUUUUUCAAUUAUAUUCUUAAUUAAUUUGUAGAUAUCUCUGAUUUGUUUUGUAUAGAUGAUAAUUUCAUAAAGCUUGAUGGAUAAUUUUUUUAAAAAGAUGAAAAUUCACCUUAGGUUUUGAUCAUUAAAUUAAAAUUCCAAAUAUAUUAUUAAGAAUAUCUUAAAUUUCAAUAUUUUUUGGAAAGUAUAAAUUUGGAGAAAAAGAAUUUAGAAGAAAAUAUUCAAUAGUCAAAAAAUAAAUUAACAUUCAAUAAGGAUAAUUUGAUUUAAUUUAAAUAAAAGAUUGAUGAACUUCAAUAAAUUUAUUAAAUACAACCCUAAUAUCCUUAGAUUGACAUUGCUAUAUUAUAUAGUCAUCCUCUAGUAAAUUAAAACGAUAAACGUAUAACUCCAGUUUAAUUUCAUGAAGACAUUUAGAAUUUUAAAUAAAAGAUUUCUGAAUUAAAUAAAAAAGUUACAUAUCUAAUAACUCAAGCAAAUAAAGUAAAUCUGUAUUGGGUUUUAAAAUAUAAUCCAAAGAUUAUUCAUAUUAUAUCUCAUGGUGAACAUGUUAGCAAUAAAUAAUGUUAAUAUUUACAAUUUGAGAAGAAUUGUAUGGAUGAUUAAGUAUUUACAUAAGAUUUGGAAAGAAUAAUGAAAAAUUCAAAAAAGUCAUUAGUUUUUUUAGCUUGUUGUUUUGCUGGAGAAAUAGCUAAGAAUAUAAAAGAACAUGCGACUACUAUAGCAAUUGAUAAGGAACUAAAAAUGUUAGAUGAUGCAGGCAUAUAUUAUUUUCAACAUUUGUAUUAAGAAUUGUUGUCAAAUUCAACUUUAUAACAAAGUCAUGAAAAAGCCAAAGAAUUUGUCAAAAAAAAACUUGGAGCUGAAGAUUAGUAAUGUUGUUGUAGCCAUUCUCAUAGAAAAGCUUGUUAAGACACGUUUUUAUAAAAUGGUUUAUGCUUUUUCUGUUUAACUAAGACUGAUGAUUGCUGCAGAAAAUCUAACUAAUUCCAAGACAAAUUAUCACAUGUUUGGGGAGAAGAUUUAAAUGAAAAAUGUAAGUCACUUUAAAAGUAAAUUUUAAAAAAAUUAAAAUUUGAAGGUGAAAAUAAAUUAUAAAAUGAAUAAUUAGAAAAAGAAUUUUUAGAAAAAUUAAAUAACUUUGCUCAAAAUGGUAUUCUAAGAGUAUGCUGUUGUGAAUUAGCAGAAAAACAUAAAGAUGAACUUAUCUCUGAGAUUUAACAUAUGGAAUCAGAAAAAUUUCAAAUAUUUUAAUCUAAGCCUAAUUAAUCUAAAAUUUUUGAAAAUGUUGAAGAAGGCUAAAUGACUGAAAUUAAUAAUAUUAAUUGGGAAGAAUAAUAUUUUAUUGCUUGGAAAAUAGAUGCUCAAGUUAUAUAUCAAUUAUUGACUGAUAAUUUUUAUUUUAAAAAAAAUAAAAAAAUAAUUGUAAUAAGUGCAGGUAGUAAAAGAGGAGAAGAAAUUGUAGUUAAAUAUGCUCAUUAAGUUUCAAAAUAUUUUAAAGUAAAAAUAUUUUUAACAUUUUAAGUAUAGAAAAUUAAAAUUUUACAAAAAAAAUGAAAUGAAAGAUAUCUAAAUCAUUGAAAAAUAAUUAAAUAAUAUCGAAGAAUUAAUUUAAAUGAAUUUCGAAGAAAGGAUUCGUUAUAUUUUUAUAAUUUACCAGAUUAAUGAAGAACUCUUUAAAUAAACAAAAGUUUAGUUAAUUGAAUUAAAUCUAAAAGGAGCAGUUAUUUUAAUCUCAGAUUCUGAUAUAGAUUUAGAUUCAAAUUUUAUAAAGCGAGAACUAACAGAUUGGCAUAAUACCAAUUAAAUUUAAGAAAAAAAUGAUUAUUAUAAAAUUUUAUCAGUGUAUGGAGAUGAAAUACGCAAAAAAAUUGAAUAAAAAUUUGGAGAAGAGAAAUUAAAAGAUAUGACAUUUGAUAAACUAUUAGAAGCAAUUUAAGAAGAAUUAGAUUAGAAUUAAAAGAAUGAAUAAAAUAAAAUAUGA